AUGAGGACCUUCUUUCUGCUUGGCUUCGCGCUGCUCGCUGCCGGCCUGGCAGGCGGCAGUCCACCCCCAGCAAUCGCAGACGUCAAACACUUCGAGUUGCCAUUCCAUGUCACCAGUGGGACAUCGACUGCCGAGAUCUUGUCCGUCAACGGCGGACUUGACCUACCGAAGAUGACACCGGGUGUGAAUGUCAGCACUUUUGAAUGGUGGCACUUUGAUGUCAUCGGGAGAACUAUAGCAUCGCUUACCGUCGUCUUUUACAACUUCGGAAAGUCCAGCCUCGACGUUCCGUACCCGGGCGGCCCGCUUCUUGUCCAAGUAUCUGGCACGUGCGAGAACGGCACCUCGUUUCUCAAGUCUGCGGCUGCCACUCAGGGUGCGCUUUUUGACUCGUUCAGCGUCCGCGGCAUCAUCUCCGGCUGGUAUGGAAAGAAUUACAACUCCUACAUCUUCGGCGGUGGUCCCUUCGCAAAGCCUGACAUGCCGCUUCAACUUGACAUCCUCGGCAAUGACAUUGAUGUCUACGGCACAAUUUGGCUAACACCGAGAUCGCCUCCCCAUUAUCCCUGCGACCUCGACAAGCCAGGGGUGUCGCAGGAGGUCAUCCCCGACAUUUACUGGUCCAACGCCGUGCCAUUCGCCAACGCAUCGACGUGGUACCGUGGGCGCGGCCACAUCCGCAACUACACCCUCGUCUGGUCCAGCGCCCUGGAUAAAAACGGCAAGGAGCACCUCUCGUCCUGGAUUGGCCAUGUGGAUGGUGAAGCUGUCUUCCAAAGCUGCCAGAAUCAGUCCAUAGUCAUUCGGCCAUGGGGGGAGAACAGCGCCUACCCGCCGACGCCUGGACUCCCAGCCCCGUCUGGCUACCAUAUCCGCUACUACCUAGGGGAUGGAAAAACUUUCGUUGCGAAUUUCACCACAGAGGCCGUUCAGCCAUCUACCAACAACUACAAGAGGGUCACCGGGCUUAUGGUUGGUGGAUUUGAGGGCGAGAAACAUCACAAGGGCUCGGCUGUGUGCGAGCAGUUCCAGCACCAGUUGUCAUAUGCUGGUUGCCUAAUGCAAGGCUAG